GUUAUUAAUGCGUACGAAGUUAAGAAAGAUCGAUAUGAGACUGUUGUUGUUCGAACUGAGGCCUUGAAAGUUAAUCUAGUUGGCUUAGCUCGAGAACAGAGCCGGUCUGAGAGGUUUGCUGAGAAUUAAGCCAUCAUGAUUCCACGUUUGCAGCUCAAUGGAACUGAAGGGACAGCAAUUUGCAGAGUGACAGUAGUAAAUGAAACAAAUGGUGGAGAGAAUAUGAAACCUCUUCAGGGAUGCAUAGUUUCGUCUAAAGAUGAAAAUUUAAAAGAUUUAAUAGGACUAUGGAAAAAUCCAAGUGAUGACCAAAAUAUAUUUUCAAAGCAUAAGUAUUUUUUUUACUCACCAAAUGGUGAGAUAAUAACCAAACAAAUGAAAACAACAGUCAGCUAUCCAAAGACUGGAGAUAGUAAACAUCAUGAAAAGCAGUAUGAGUUGGAAAGAAAUCUCAAUGCUGUUGUUGUUAAUGAGUGCCAUUUCUUUCUUUUGUGUGAAUCUAAAGAGCUUGAUAAAUGCUCUUUUUUAAAGAAGCAUAGAAUUAAUGGAAUUAGGUUGAAUCAAACCCUAGGAAAUGAGGUUUAUGGACUAGGUAAAGACCACUUGGGUUUCAUCAAGUUGAAGAUUGAAAAAUGUGAGGAUCAGCCAACAAGCAAUGAAUAUAAGGUUCAGAACCUGAGUGAUGAUGGAUUUAAAAAUCUGUUGGAUGUGCCUGGGCCAAUUAUUGUGGUUGAACAGCUGGAAGAAAAGACUAAAAAAAGAAAAGAAAGAAAGAUUUUAGUUGGGUCAUUUGUAAAGGUUACCGGGAAAAGUCACAGAAUUUCUUGUUCUGUUUUUGAAGUACCAGACAGAACUACUGAUAGAUUGGGAACCAGCACUAAGGGACCAAAAGUUGAUCGGGAUAGCGAUAGUGAGAACAAAGGAGGCAAUGAACCAUCAGAGAAUGCAGAUAAUUUUGAUGGCUACAAUCCAAAAUCAGACAUGGCAAAGGUUAAUUCUUCUCUAGAAGAUGUAGAUGAUGAAAUUAAAAUUGAUGGUCGUGGAAAAAACAUGAAGGAAACUAGUAAAUUUUCCUCUUCAAAUAGCUAUGUAUGGCGAGAACUAGAUCUUAUUCAACAAAAACAACAGCUGAAUGAGAAGCUAGAAGAGAGUAAUAAACAGUUGGAAAAAAGUCAGCUGAAUGAGAAGCUAGAAGAGAAUAAAAGACAGCUCAAGAAAGAACUUAAUGAGAAGCAAGAAGAGAAUAAAAGACAGCUCCAGAAAGAAAUGAAUGAGAAGCAAGAAGAGGAUAAAAGACAGUUCAAGAAACAAAUGAAUGAAAAGCAAGAAGAGGAUAAAAGACAGCUCCAGAAACAAAUGAAUGAAAAGCAAGAAGAGGAUAAAAGACAGCUCCAGAAACAACUGAAUCAGAAGCAAGAAGAGGAUAAAAGACAGCUCCAGAAACAACUGAAUGAGAGGCAAGAAGAGGAUAAAAGACAGCUCCAGAAACAACUGAAUCAGAAGCAAGAAGAGGAUAAAAGACAGCUCCAGGAACAAAUGAAUGAGAAGCAAGAAGAGGAUAAAAGACAGCUCCAGAAACAACUGAAUGAGAAGCAAGAAGAGGAUAAAAGACAGCUCCAGAAACAAAUGAAUGAAAAGCAAGAAGAGGAUAAAAGACAGCUCCAGAAACAAAUGAAUGAAAAGCAAGAAGAGGAUAAAAGACAGCUCCAGAAACAACUGAAUGAGAAACAAGAAGAGGAUAAAAGACAACUCCAGAAACAACUGAAUGAGAAGCAAGAAGAGGAUAAAAGACANAGACAACUCCAGAAACAACUGAAUGAGAAGCAAGAAGAGGAUAAAAGACAACUCCAGAAACAACUGAAUGAGAAGCAAGAAGAGGAUAAAAGACAGCUCCAGAAACAACUGAAUGAGAAGCAAGAAAAGAAUCAAAGAAAGCUUGAAAUGUUUUUGAUAAUUUUUGCCAUUUAUGUUACCAUCACUCAGGUACUGUUUUUUUUAAGCCUUGGGAUUUUGGCUUACUUUAUAUUUCAUAAAAAUGGAUAAAAUCCAUAACAAAAUUAAUAUAACCAAAUAAUUCAAUUAAACAGACUCUAUUGUUAUCAUAAACAAAAAAUGAGAUACAACACUUGAUAUGGGUAAAAAGCAAGACAGCAUGCACAGAUAAUAAUGCAAUUAUUGCCCUGUUGGCUGACUGUCAGCCAUGGUCAGCUGACAUCCUGCCGUUAAUAAUAAACGAUAGAUGUGUUGAUCAUCACAGUGAAUGAGCGAUCUAAGCGAACGCUGUAAAGAAAGACUUGAAAAAGUGAUUUCAAGCUUCAACAGGAAUCAAACCCAUGACCUCCGCGAUGCCGGUGCGAUGCUCUACCAACUGAGCUAUGAAGCCAAUCAUGUUGGCGAGCGGUCAUUUUCGUUGGGUUCUUCAAGCCCCCAUAAAUACGAAGUGUGGAAAUUGAAUGGGCAGUUCUGCCCAUUUAAUAAUUAAAUAAACCUUCGCAAUUCUUAACAGGAGGGCAGAAUGAGUUGAAAGCAGCUGAUAGUUUACAACCAGGGCAGGUACUAGUGCGUGUCUUACGUUUUGAGGCUUUGUAAGACUUGUAGAGAAAUAUAUGCGAGUAAAUGGAGAGAUGAUAAGCGAUAAAUCGGACGUAAUUAACAACGGGAAAGAACCAUGAGGUCCAUGAAACCGAUACUCACAUACUCUACCAUUCCACAUUAACUUAUAUUAAUAAUUAAUAUAUAUUUUAUAGUAUAGCUACCUAUUAAUCCCAUUUAGGCAACUGACCAAAUAUUUUCUUAAUUGGGCAGUUCUUGUAAAUUAAAAAAUAAAGGACCUUAUACCUUUUGCAUUAAUACAAAGGAGUAUAAUUUUGUGUAGUUCCAAAAAUUAUCCAUACCCCCCUCAUGGAGGAUUUUUUUAAAGACUACCCUAUCCACUGGAAAUUCCAAUUUUCUUCAAUACAAACUCUGUAAUUUUUGUUCCUUCUCUGACCCCCCUUCUCUUCGGAAAUUUCAAAUUCCUCUGUGGGAUGGCAUGGGUAUGGAUGAUUUCUGGAACUACACAUUCACUUGAGUGACCAUGAAACACGUUUUCCAAGUCAGGGUUGAAUUUGAAGUGUUCACGCAUUUACCCUCUUUGUCAAAUUCAAACUAAACUUGAAGCCAUUGUUUCAUGGUCACUUUUGUUAAUAAGCAGAUUCGAGAAAAGGACUAUAUUAGCUUUCGUGUUUAAAGUCUGUUAUCCGGCUGUGUAUCUAUGACAGGACCUGUAAUCUUCUCCACAAAUGAACUCAAUGCUUCACGCACAUCAUCUAUUUUGUCUAUAGAGCAUGGCUUAAUAAGCCACUGCCGAUUUCUUGCUAGAGUUUUCAAGUCUAAAAGUUCUUCCAACUAAAAAUAAAAAUAUAGAAAUUUAAGCAA